AUGCGAAACCUUGUGUCGCAAUUAACUAUAUGGGUAUUCCCAGCGUUCACGGAAAGUGCCCUAGGUGUUUUCCAAACGGCCCAUGGGUUUCUCCCAGUAUCGUUUCUCACGUGGUUUUGGGGCUUCCCGAGAUCACCGAAAUGCGUUAUACUAUGUUUUGUUGAGGCUACCCGUUGGUGGUUGAUGCCCUUUUGUACGCUAGUGUUGUUGGUCAGACUAUCCUGUCCCAUACCCAGUACCAUGCCUUUCCACGUGGUCCAUAGACAAAUGUUUGCUACUACACGUGGAGGACCCGUGGGAUCACCCGUGAUAAGUAUUGUGGUUAUAUUGACUUAA